AUGAGGACGGCCGUAGAGGUAAAGAAGCGAUGGUUCACCAUCACUUCUAAGUCAAGGAUGAAGCUGAAGAACUCUCGAGAUCAUCGGAAUGGAACUGAGAUGCCUGUGGCCCUCCACCCCUCCCUUGACCCCAUUGAUGAACUUGUCGGGGACGUUUUGGGGCAAGACAGCAAGGUCAUCACGGGAUUUGAGGAGAUUGAUGACCUUGGGCAUCAAAGGACUGUCGACAUUGAAGACGCAGCAGAGCCAGCGAGCCAGCUCACUGUAGGUCAGGGAGGUGCUGAGGCACCAACAGUAAUAAUUGUGCCUGAGCCCACCCUGCAGCCACAAACUGAGGGGGGUGCCUGGGGGAAGGUGCCAGCUGAGGAUGAUGCAGCAGCUGCUCAAGCAAAGGUGGCAGCUGCUGAGGAGGAGGCUGUAGCUUCAAGAGCUACAGCAGCAGCUGCACAGGCUGGGGAGGAGGCUGCACGGGCCAUGAAGGCAGCCGCAGAGGAGGUGGCGGCUUGUGCUCGGUCCUUCACAGGAGCUGCAAGGGCGCAGGAGGCAGCUGCAAGGGCGCAGGAGGCAGCUGAAAGGGCACGGGAGGCAGCUGCCAAAGAAAAAGCGGAAGCCAUGCGUCUUAAACAAAUUUUGCUCAAGUUACAAAUUGAAAAGGAAAGGAAAAACAUAUAAUAUGCCUAAUAAAAGUAGAAAAGGAUG